AUGAUCGUUAUGAAAGCCCAUACCACCCGUCUACUCAUAGCCCUAUCCCUCUCCAGCAUCGGCUGGGCCGGAGUCGCCAAAAGAGACCCCGAAGCGCUGCGAUUGCGAGCUUCAUCCACCGUCACCGCAGACUCACUACACAACAUCCACGUAGAAUUCCUCGACAGCGCCUUCGAGGGCGAUAUCCAGCUGGUAUACGGCGACUGCAGCAUAAGCGACGCCAGCCAGCGCCAUCAUGAGAUCGGAACCGUGUUCGUCAAACGCGAUGCGCAACCUGAGCGUUUCGUCUGGAUCACCCCGUCGGAUAUCCCCCAUCUGCAAUGUCUGCACGUCUUCUCCGGCUCCUCGCUCGUCGGCCGGUCUUCACCCAUCUCGGUAGCUGCACCAGUCGCCAAACGUGCGUCCAUCGCCGACGUUGCUGAUGCGAUGGGCCCCUGGUUCGACGGCGUCGCGUACAUGAAAGCCAAAGAGCCGAACAAGCAUGUCGUGGCCAAGGCAAAGGACUCGUCUGUUGCGAUUGUGGGCGGAGGCAUGUCCGGUCUGAUGACGAGUCUGCUGCUCGAGUCUGUCGGGAUUCAUAACUGGCACAUCUACGAGUCGUCUGGAAGAGUCGGGGGACGCAUUCGUACAAAGUAUCUGAACAAUACCCGGCCGGACGAGUAUCAGUACCAGGAGAUGGGUCCGAUGCGGUUCCCUGUGAGCAUCAAAUACGCGGAGACGAACGAGACGCUCGACAUCCAGGACCACAAGAUGGUCUUUCAGCUGGCUGAUCUGCUCAACGAGAUGAAUGCCAAAAAGCCGGACCUGCAAGUCAACUUCGUUCCAUGGACUCAGCGCAGUCCCAACGUUCCAGCGUCGUCCGGAGGGAAUCGUCUCGCCGAUGGCCGUAUCCCGACUGCUGCUCAGGUCGCAGCCAAUUCGACCUUGGUCUACUCAGCCGCUUCAUCCAAAGCUACCGCUGCCGAGCAGGCGGAAGAAGCAUACUCGAACUGCACGCACAUGGAUAUCAGCGCCAUCAAGCAAAUGGCGAGCAACAUGUUCAAAGCGCACAAAGCCGCCGUGGAGGACGGCAUGUUCCACUGGUCUGAAGCCGGGUACCUGCGGUACGCAAUGGGCUACGAUACCAACAUCACCGACUACGUCGCCGGCAGCGACAACUCGCCCAUCUGGGGCGAGAUGUACGAGAACGUCUACUUCGCAGCCACGGAAUGGCGAACAAUCGACAAGGGUCUCGAGUCGCUCCCGCGCGCCAUUUACCCACAUGUCGCAGAGAAGACAACCCUCAACCGCAAAGUCUCCGGCCUAUCCUGGAACGCGACAUCGGGCAAGAUCGCCGUCAACUGGCGCGAGGACCCCUUCCAGAUGACCCCCGAGGGCAAAGAGUACGACUACGCUGUCGUCGCCGCCCCCUUCAGCAAGGUCCGCCUGUGGGAGCUGCCGCGCUACUCGUCCCUCCUGAGCCGCGCCAUUGCCACGCUCAACUACGACCCCGCCUGCAAGAUGGCCCUGCACUACAAGUCGCGGUUCUGGGAGCACCAGCCCAGUCCGAUCUUCGGUGGCUGCGGCUCCGUCGACGUCCCCGGCGUCGGGUCCGUCUGCUACCCGUCGUACAACAUCAACGGGACCGGCCCGGGUGUAGUACUCGCGUCGUAUCUCAGCGGCACGGGCGCGCGGUCGACGGCGGCGCUGAGCGUGGAGGAUCACGUUGCGCUUGUGCAGCGGACGAUGGUGGAGAUCCAUGGACCCGUCGCGGAGGAGGAGUUCACGGGUGUCUACGACCGCCAGUGCUGGGAGUUUGACGAGCACCAGGCUGGUGCCUGGGCUGGUCCGCUGGUCGGCCAGCAGGAGCUCUACCUGCCUGCGUACUACCAGACGGAGUUCAAGACGAUCUUUGUCGGGGAACACACCAGCUACACGCACGCAUGGAUCUUUUCGGCAUUGGACUCGGCUGUUCGCGGUACGACGCAGUUGCUGCUUGAUCUGGGGCUGGUGGAUGAGGCGAAGAGUAUUGUGAAUGAGUGGAUGGGUCGCUGGAUCUCGGUAUAA